UCAUCAACUAUUCAGCCAGACUCUCACUCCUGCGAAUUCUAAGCAAUGACGAUGGCAACGGCAACGAUAACGGCUGUAACGGAUACGAGUAGCAGAUGGAGUCUGGCAUCUCUAAGUUCAGCUCUUCCUUCACUCAAUUCAUCUCCUUCUUCAAAUCAAUUCAAUUCAUCCUCCCCUUCUUUCCCCCAGCGUCAUCUCACUCUCAGCCUCAACAAACAACCACAACUCAUCCCAUCUUUCACCGGACUCGCUUCCGCCAACCAUCUAAUCUCCCUUGGCUUCUCCGACUGCACGAGCCUUGGACAUUGUUUCACUAUUGUGGAUAACGGUCGCCGAAUUUCUGCAAUGAGUCAUGGAAGGCGAGUUCCGAAGCUGAACAGACCACUGGACCAACGGCGGGCUUUUCUGCGUGGCCUUACGACUCAGCUCCUUAAGCACUAUAUUACUUCUCUCAAAUCUCUAUAUUACCAUACAUGCGUUUGUCUUUUAAAAUUAAAUGGUUAUAUUAUUUUUAAACAGUUUUUAGAUGGUUAAUUGUAAGUUAGAUUGAAUGUUGUUUGAUUGGUCGUGAAAAGUUGUAUAUAAUAUUUCUUGUAGUUUAAUCACUUUCCGUGAUUAUAUUACAUGUGUUAAUUGUUGUCGAGAGGGUAAUUUUUAAGUUAUGUUGCAUAAUGAAAAGACUUGGUGUCUAACUUGCGUUUUUU